AUGGGUAUCCCCAAGUUCUUCCGCUUCAUGUCGGAGCGCUAUCCGCUCAUCAGUCAGCUCAUUGAAGAGAACAAGAUCCCGGAGUUCGACAACCUUUACCUCGACAUGAACGGCAUCAUCCACAAUUGCUCCCACCCCAACGACAACGAUGCAUCUUUCCGUAUCACGGAGACACAAAUAUUUUUAGCUGUCUUUGCAUAUAUAGAGCAUCUCUUCCACAAGAUCAAGCCCAAGAAGGUCUUCUUCCUCGCCGUCGACGGCGUCGCACCCCGAGCAAAGAUGAACCAGCAGCGCUCCCGUCGUUUCCGAACCGCCAAGGAGGCCAAGGAGAUCAAGGAAAAGGCUGAACGUCGCGGCGAGGUUUUACCCGAGGAAGAGGCCUUUGACUCCAACUGCAUCACCCCAGGAACCCCCUUCAUGGCCAAGCUCUCGCAACAGCUCGAAUAUUUCAUCGCCAAGAAGAUCACCGAAGACGCCGACUGGCGCAAUGUGCAGGUCAUCCUCUCGGGUCACGAUGUGCCUGGUGAGGGUGAGCACAAGAUCAUGGAGUACAUUCGUCUCUCCAAAGCACAGCCCACCUACAACCCCAACGUCCGCCACUGUCUCUACGGUCUUGACGCCGACCUCAUCAUGCUGGGCUUGCUCAGCCACGACCCUCACUUUUGUUUGCUCCGUGAAGAGGUCCAGUUUGGCCCUCGUCGCAAGUCCAAGGGCAGCCUCGAGUCGCAAAACUUCUUCCUUCUCCACCUCUCGCUGUUCCGAGAGUAUCUCGAUCUCGAGUUUCAGGAUCUUCGCUCGUCCCUUCCUUUCGCUUACGACUUUGAAAGGAUCAUUGACGAUUUCAUUCUGCUCAACAUCUUUGUGGGAAACGAUUUCCUGCCCCAUCUCCCCGGCCUUCACAUUAACGAAGGCGCCAUGGAUCUGCUCUUCAACAUUUACAAGCAGAUCCUCCCCGCCGCUGGCGGCUAUCUUAACGAGAGCGGCACGCUGCGUACCGACCGUCUCGAGCUGGUCCUCUCAGAGCUUUGCACCUUCGAGAUGGAGCAGUUCGAGCGCGACUAUGGCGAAACCGCCACACACAAGGCCAAAGUCUCGAAGAAGAAGAAGGCCAUCACCCAAGCCAAAGCCAAGGGAGGCCUUGUGCUCACCAAAUCGCAGCGUGACCUCUUUGAUAAAGUGCACGCCUUCGUCAUGGCACGACGCUACGACCCCGCUGGCGCUCCCAAGGAGCUUCUGGUGCCCGCGGACCUCCCCAACAAGGACAAGCGCUUCCUCGAGGAUCUCGCGUCCAGUCUAAAGCUGCGUGCCUCUUUCAACAAGAUCAACCCUGCUUCCCAAUUGCCUGCUAUCACUCUCUCCUUCCCCGCAAUUGCCGCUGAAGACGAUGACAGCGACGACGGUCCUUCCGACGAGGAUGGCGACGACUCUGAUGGAAGCUCGGACGAGGCCGCCGCCGACGAGGCAGCUGGCAUCAAGGCCCCUGCCGCCAAGUCAGAAGCCGACGCUGCGGUCGAUCGCGUCUUGGGACGCUACCUCAAGGCCAAGGUCGACGCUGCGAGCGAUGACGAUGUCGACCCCGAGGAGGACUACAAACAGCGUCUCGCAACACAAAUGACCGCAUGGAAGAAGGACUAUUACAAGGAAAAGCUCGAGAUUGACUACAAUGACGACGAAGCCAUGUCCAAGCUCGCUUUCCGCUACAUCGAGGGCCUCCAGUGGGUGCUCCACUACUACUACGAUGGUGUCGCUUCGUGGGGCUGGUUCUACGACUACCACUACGCUCCCAAGAUCUCGGAUCUCAAGAAUGCUGGUCAGAUGAAGUUCGAGUUCGAGCUUGGCAAGCCCUUCCGUCCCUUUGACCAGCUCAUGGGUGUACUGCCCGCGCUUAGCAACCAGCACAUUCCCACUGCCUUCCGCGACCUCAUGACCGACCCCAACUCGCCCAUCAUCGAUUUCUAUCCCACCAACUUUGAGGCCGAUCUCAACGGCAAGAAGCAAGACUGGGAAGCCGUCGUCAAGAUCCCCUUCAUUGACGAGAAACGCCUGCUCGACGCUCUCGACAAGCGUGAAGUGUACCUGGGCAUCGAAGAGCGAAAGCGCAACGGUUUUGGUCACAGCCGCGAGUUCACCUACAACGAGAACGAAGAAGUCUUCUUCCCCUCGAGUCUUCCCGGCACCUUUCCUGACCUCGUGCACUGCCGAGCCCGCGUCAACAACUUUGACCUCCCCACGCUCGACGGUCUCCACCUUGUCAAGGGCCUGCCCAAGGGCGUCGAGCUCGGUGUUCGCGCUUUGGCUGGUUUCCCCUCGCUCAAGACGCUUCCUCACUAUGGUCGUCUGGGCCACCACGGAGUCAACAUCUUCCAGUCCGAGUCCAAAGGUGUCAGCAUGGUCGUCACCAUCGAGAAUGCUUACGAAGAUGCCAAGACCGAAGCCAUCGCAGAGGCCAUGAUCGGCAAGCGUGCUUUCUUCAACUGGCCUUUCAUCACCGAAGGCCUUGUGGUCGGUGUUUCGGAUAACCUUUUCCGCUACGAGAUGGGCCUGGUUGGUGGCCACCAGAAGAUCAUCGCCCACGCUCACCAAGGCGCCACCCUCAGCGAUUUCCAGAGGAAGGCCGAGCGUGCCGAGUACCACUAUAGCAAGCGUAUGGGUGUGCUUAUCGGCGACGUCGACAUCCUGGUUCACAUCCGUCCGCUCAAGGGUCUGAAGCGUCUCGACGACGGCGCCUUCAUCAAGGACUACGAAGAGACCUCCAAGAAGGAGGUUGACCAGGCCGUGCAGGUGAUCGUGACCAACGUUGUCCACGACGAUGCUCGGUUCCUCGAAUCCCCCGCCAAGCCCAUCCGCGAAGAGUAUCCGGACAAGACCAAAGUCUUCUUCCUCGGCGCCAAUGCCUAUGGUACCCCCGCCCAUGUCGUCGGCAGCACCGACGCCUCGCUCGCCAUCGAGGUCGCUUUCUUCCCCAAUCAGGCGAAGGAGAACGCGUAUCUGCGCGACCUCGUUAGUAAGCGCGCUCGCGUCAACUACUACCCCUCCUACCAGGUCGCCAAAAAGUGCGGCAUCACUUCCCUCGCCCUUUCCAAGCUGACCUCGAGCAUGAUGCUCGCCUGGAAGGAUCAGAAGGUCAACGUGGGUCUCCGACUCAAGUUCGAGGCCAAGGGCGAAAAGGUGCUCGGCUACUCGCGCAAGCUGGCUGGAUGGGAAUUCUCCGAGAAGGCUGUCGAGCUCGUCAAAGAGUACGUGCAGCUCUUCCCCGAGAUCCCGGCCAUGCUCGGCCACAAAUCUGGCGUCGACAUCACGCGUGCCUCCCAGAUCUGGGACCAGUCGGUCGUCGACCAGAAGAUGGCGCAGCUCAAGGACUGGAUCAAGGCCAAGGGCGUUCGCGACCUCGAGACAGUGCCGCUCUACGCCGAGCAACUGUCUAAGGAAACGGUGCAGAACAUCGAAGCCUUCACCUCGCGACUUGUCGACACGCGCACGGCCAUCGGCGCCGCCAGCCAGGUCAAGCGCGUCUUUAUCAAGGGUAUUCCUCGUACCGCGCUCCUCAAGCCUCGUCACGCUCCUUUCCGUCUGCAGGCGCAGAGGUUCGAGCUCGGCGACCGUGUCAUCAUGGUGCAGGACAGCGGCAACGUGCCGCUCUCAGCGCGCGGUGUCGUGAUCGGUAUCAACAGCGACUCGCUCGAAGUGGUCUUUGACGUGCCCUUCCUCAGCGGCACCACGCUCGGUGAUCGAUGUGCUCCUUACAAGGGUGCCACCGUGUCGUUCGUCAGCGUGCUCAACCUGACGCAGCCACAAUUUGUGUGUGCCGGCACCAGUGGUGACGGUGACACCAGCGCCUCGGUCGGCAGCGCGCUCGAAAGGACGCUUGGACCGAUCGGAGGCUCAGGAAGUGCGCAGAGCAACGGCAACGGCAAUGGCGUCCAAGGCUACGGAGCGGGUAAUACAUCGUACCGCCCGCCCAACGCCUUCACUCCCAGCGCAGCUGCGCAGAAUGGCCGAGGUGGUAGCACACAGAUCUUGCAGCGUCCUCAGCAGCGCCAUGCUCCUGUUUCGCAGGACGUGGCCUUCUCCGGCGUCGCUAGCGGUGCGCACAAGCCCACGCGCGCGGCGACUUCGACAAACCAGGUGGAAGAGAUCAACCCCAUUAUGGCUGCUCUGGGUAUCCGCCCGCCCACCAAUGGUCACGGGCACGGUCAUGGCCAUGGGCCUGCACGUGGUGGCGCUCGACCCCCUCGCCUGCAUGCGGCUCCCAACGCUCCCCAGCAGCCCGCGGUUCCUGCUACCGCUGCCGCCCAGACUGGUGGACAUGGUCCUCGUGGUCGCGGUGGACGAGGUGGUGCCGGCCGUGGUCACGGUGCUGCUCCCUCUCGAGGUGCAGCCCGUGGCGGCCGCGGAGGUGCGGCUGGCCAGUGA